CAUAAUGUGGCUUGCUAGGGAAAUCUCCACCCAAGUGAUGUUUGAUUUAAGGAAAUUUUUCGCAAUAUUGAUCAGUGAAACUUCGGUAAUGGUAAACCAACAGUGAAGGCGGACUGCUGCUAAGUGAUUGUGUAAAAUGAUGCCACUGGCGCCCACUUCCGUAAUGGCGAUGCCUUCGCAGAAGCCUCGCAUCGGAUUCAGUAUCGAAUCCAUCGUGGGUAAUAGAAUGCCAAAAUCGCCUCCGCCGCCGCAUUUCUCCCCGAAUAGUGAAAGUUCCGAACGACCGAGCAGCCCCUUCAGUGACAAUAGUUACCCCAGUGAUCUUCAGGGACAUCUAAGAUUCCCGCAAACCGCCGCGGACAUUCAGCGGGCUCUUCGAAUGCCGGAAAAUUGUUCCCUCAGUGACUACAGCAACCGAAUACAACGACUCAACCACAGUUCCUCACCACCGGUUGACCUGAACCGGAACAAUCGACGCCAUCCGGAGUCACCGCAAGAAUGCCAAGACCUGUCCCGAACGGACAGCAGUAAAAGUCCACCUCCUCCGCAAACCCGUCUCACUCCCGGGGACUCCACCGCCCGGAGAUCCCAGACUCCAUCUCCUCAGCCGGGCGGUCAUCCACUGGCCAAAGGUCCAAUCGUAGUUCCCGGUAUCCCAGCCGGUUUGGUUCGACCCUUUCCCGUAGGUCAUCCGCCGCACAUGAACGACCUGAAACCGCUCCCUCCCUUCCUCAACCACCAGGAAAUGGCACUCCACAACCAGCAUCUCCUGGCGGCGCAGUUUCAAGCGGCCGCAGCCCUGGCCCAUGCCCACCAGGCCGGUCAAGGAUUCCCACCGCAUCCGCAUCAUCCGAUGCACCAGAACCCGAACAUUCCUCGCGACAGUUACCCGCUGUACCCGUGGCUACUGAGCCGUCACGGUCGUAAUGUGUUCCCGCCACGAUUUCCUGGAAGUUACCUCCUACCAUUCCGGAAGCCAAAACGAGUGCGAACGGCAUUCUCACCCACGCAGCUACUCAAGCUGGAACAUGCCUUCGAGAACAACCACUACGUGGUGGGAUCCGAGCGGAAAAGCCUGGCCCAAGCUCUUGGCCUCACCGAAACACAGGUCAAGGUGUGGUUCCAAAACCGCCGGACGAAGCACAAGCGAAUGCAACAGGAAGAAGAUGCCAAAUCGGGUGAUGGCGGUGGCGGUGGAAGUGGCGGUGGUGGUGGUGGCGGCGGCGGCGGUAACCGUUCCUCAAGUCCCAUUUAUGACGAAGAAGACGAUGACGAGCUGAUCGACAUGGAUGAAUGUGCUAGCGACGAGGAGCAGGAGCUUCUGCAACAUCAGCAACAGCAGCAGCAGCAGCAUCAUCACUCGAUGCAUCCGCAUCUGGCGCAGCACCGGGCAUGAAAUUCGGUUCAAGAACGGUUACUUCGGAUGAUCGUUCUUGAGUGAAUUUUGCGGGUGGAUAUCGAAUCGAAAGUUCCUGAUUUCAUAUUU